UAAACGGUCGCCUCGGAGAGCGGGCGUCAGAGCAGCGACUCCAUGCCUCAGUGACGCGGGCACGGUGUUGCUGCUCUCUCGGCGCAUGGGAUCGCUCAGCACCCGAGCCAAGCGCACCUCACCCAGCGAGGAUACGGCCAGCGUUCCCAGAGACCGGAGAUGGCAGAACCGGCAAUCCCCUCCGCCUCCGUCUGCACCUUCCUCCUGCUCGCAUGGCUGACAGGUCACUCGGGGGCUGUGAGGAUUACAUCAGCCGGUCCUCAGACCGUUCACGUGGCAGAAGGCGACGAUAUUCAGAUCCAAUGUGUGUUCAAGCUGGAACCCAGUGAUGAAGGAGAACUGGAUAUCGAAUGGAGCAUCAUCAACCCCGACACCACCAAACCAGACCUUGUCCAAAGUCCGAAGUCCGAAGUGCAUAUAUAUCAUCAAAUAGCACCCUGA